GGUUCUAAUUGACUCAUAGUUUCAGUGAUCUAAUCAUCACUAUCUCUCGCCCUCUUCCUACUUAAGGUCUCUGUGUCUACCUUAUCCUUUCAAGCUCAAUUCAAACUGAGUUCGUAGGUUCACAAGCCAUAAAUUCUCAGUCUACUUGAUUCUCGAGAUUCAAAGAUCAGAAGCAACAACACAAGCAAAUAUAGAACAGAAAAUGAGUUCCACAAGCAGAGCUUGGAUCGUGGCUGCAAGCGUUGGGGCUGUCGAAGCACUCAAGGAUCAAGGGUUCUGUAGAUGGAAUUACGCCUUGAGAUCCUUCCAUCAACAUGCCAAGAACAAUUGCGGAUCUUUUUCUCAAGCCAAAAGACUUCCCUCUUCCUCUUCUUCAAUGGUGAUGGCUAAGAAGGUUGUUUCAAGCCAUGAGAAGAUGAAGCAAUCGGAAGAAUCUCUGAGAAAAGUAAUGUACUUGAGUUGUUGGGGUCCCAACUGAGAGCUCCAAAUCUCUCUAUUGCUCACGACGCGUGCCAUUCGAGAGCUGUAUUACUCCUAUUUCAUCGAUUCUGUAAAUACUGAUUGAGAACAUUAAUUGAUUCUAGACGAAAAGUUAAAAAAGAUCAUACGUCAUUAGUUCCCA